AUGCCUGUUCAACUGCUACCAGCCUCUGCGGCUGCUUUCGCCCCGAGAGCCUCAUCCGUCAACGUCGUGCUGGGAUCCAAGGUCGAGCCGUGGUUGACACAGACACUGAAGCGCAUCAACCGGAUCAAGCGUCCACUCAACAGCGUCCCUCAACAUCAAAGAUGUCUGACCGAGACACUUUCAUCGCCCAACGCCAUCUGGACUCUCACUUCCAUCAUGCUCCCCAAGGCCCCGGAAUCCGACUUGCGCCAGGAUGAGAACCCUCUCGUCGAGGCCCUGUUCAACUACCAGCUUCUCCACAUCGAGGCCUACAUUGUCCACGUCGACAUGGUCCUGCGCAACGAGGUCGCUUUCAAGCUCACCACCGACUCAAUAGACGCCUUGGUCGAGUACCACAAGGAAAUUCACUGCGUCGACAGCAAGGCCAACACCUAUGACUGGUCUGAGAAGGACCAACAGUGCAAGAAGCUGCAUGAGGAUUUCGUCCAAGCCAUCAACAAGUUUGUCUACCGCACACAUGUCACUGCCUUGGAAGGGCUCGAGGAAGAAGGCGCUGGUGAGCUGCUCUCUGGUAAGAGCGAGGAGGUCAAGAACAACAUCAUGGGCCUCAUGAAGCCCUUGCUGCCUCCUCCUCCCCGUGUUGUCGAUGUCAUCAGACAACCACCUCUGCUCCCCAGCUCACCCGCCAACGCCAGCAUCUGGUCGCAACCCCCUACGCCGGCCAGCCUAGUCGCCGUCGAUGCGUGGAGAGUCCUGCCAUCAAGUCCGAGCAUUGCUUCCACAUCUCAGGAGUCAACGCCAAUCUGGGCCAACAUUGGCAUGAGCGAGGUUCAGAUCCCCUCCCCUACGCCUGCAUACAGCCAACCUUUCUCCACCGCCGGGUUCUACUACAGUGCACCAGCAAUCACGGCGCCCAUCCCAGCGUUGCCUCUCCCCAGCAUGUUCACGCCUCAAUGUGGUGUGAGCGUCGGCUACGGUGGCUUCGGCUGGGAUCGCUACCAGGAGUACACGACGACGAUGUGA